AUGUCUAAUAUAAGUACACAAGCUUCAUCCGCGGAGAGCCCGCCAUCGACCACGGCUACAUCAGUAUCAACAACAUUGGACGCCACGCCUGGAUGCAGUCACCUUGCAAGUCACGUUCAAUCAGGAAAAGAUGCAAAGAAAGAGUUCGCCAACGGCCUCGCCAAGGCUCGGAGAAGAGCUCAAAAGGUCGAUGAUUCUCAAAGCCGGGCUCUGCGGUAUCACUGUGUACAAUGCACCGAAGCUGGCGGUGUAAAACAAAUUGAGAUACACCAUGCCAAGACGCAGCAUGCUUUUUCGUUCUCUUCUGAAUCCUCGGCAGUCUAUUGCGCUCUAUGCAGAGAUAUGACCUAUGAUAAAAUGGCGAAAAGACCCAGCCUCGCUGCUUCAUCGUCUUCUUCUGACACCCCCAAAAAGCGCAAGACCAGCGAGGCUAAUGGGGAUGAUUCAUACAUCACUGCGAAUUCAGCGCAACGCCCUUGUGGGAGAGAAGGCGCUCGUGGAUUGUUCAAUCUCGGCCACACAUGUUACAUGAACGCGGUUAUUCAGACCAUGGUUCAUAACUCUCUGCUUUCCAGUUUCUUCCUUGGCAAAGGACACCCAAUCCACACAUGCUCGAAGAAUGAAGACGAUGAAGAAGACGUACCUUGCGUCGCCUGUGGUUUCACGGAAAUAUUCUCGGAAUCACGAGUUGCUGAGAAUACUCAACCGAUGGCCGCACUAUCACUGCUCAAAGCCUCCUGGCUAGCCAUACCAGAAAUGCAAGGCGAACGUCAACAAGACUCCCACGAAUGGUACUUGCAAAUUAUUGAUAAGCUCCACGAAUGUGAAAAGCCCGCCUACGACAGUAAAGGAGUCUGCCGCUGCUUCAUCCACAAAGCCUUCUACGGCCGCACGAGUCAGGAAAUCGCCUGCAACAAAUGUGGCUUCGUCUCCCGCACCCAAGAGCAAAUGCUGUACCUAGCUCUAAACUUCCAAAAACAACUAGCCGCUACCACUUCCAGCAACACCAGCGGCAACAGGAAGAAAUCCGAACCAACCCCCUCGACCUCCAGCUCCACCUCCGACCCAGCACCCGCACCACCACCCAUCCCAACCAUGGCCGCCUGUCUCGAAGACCUGACCACCCUUGAAAACCUCAGCGACGACACCUACUCAUGCCGCGGGUGCGACAAGAAGGGCCAAAUGACCAAGACGGUCCGGAUCCGAAAACUUCCCGCCAUACUGUGCAUGCAGGUAAAUCGGUUUCAGAACGAAAUUCGUGGUGGAAAUGUGGUACAGAAGAAGAUCAAGGGGAGAGUGCAGUACCCGCUUGAGAUUGAUAUGAAACCUUAUACGACGAGAGGUGGGGGGCGGAGAGGGAAGGGAAAGAGUAAUGGGAAGAAUGGAAAGGAAGAGGGUAGUAGAAAGGGGGAGGUUGAAGGCGGAGGAGGAGGAGGAGGAGAUGAUGGGGGUUUUCUUUAUGAGUUGGAGAGUGUGAUUGUGCAUGAGGGCAAGGCGAUCGAACAGGGCCACUAUUUUGCUUUUUGUCGGGCGGCUCCUCCCGCAGAGAACAAGAGUCCUAGUACCGAGACGGGGAGGAGGGAGUGGUACAUGUUCAAUGACGCCAAGGUCACGGUUGCAGCGGAGAACUUGGUCUUGGAACAGGAGGCUUAUUUAUUAUUCUAUUCGUUGAAGAGGAUUUGUGGCGCGGGCGGUGAGAAGAGAUAG